GCCGAUUAUCAUAUUUGAGGGUUCGCUACCGUAGGACACUUAAGUGCACGCCCCACAGCCCAGGUUCCGGGAGCUGGAACGGGGCCAGCGCGGAGGUGGUAUCAGACCGGAAACCUAACGGGGCUGGGGGUCCGCUUAGGGCGGUGGGGAACCCGUCCCAGGAGAGGAGGCAGUUCUCUGGUUCCACUCCGGGCGGGCGGCGGAGGAGACCGGACGUGGCGUGAGCCGGCACCCGGGAGGAGAGAAGGCUCGGUUCGGAGCGGAGAGGCACGUCUGGGCGGCGCAGACCUGCAGAAGCCGGGCGUCGCGGCUCCGGGAGGCGGCGGGAGAAGUGCCCAGGCCACUGCCUGCACCCUUACAGGUCCCCGCGAGGCCCGCCCGGGAUUCCCGGAGCGAUGAGAGUGCAGGUCAAGUGUUGGAUAUUCUGGCUUGACUGACACCUGGUGACCCCCUACCCCCAUUAGUCCCAGAAAUCUUGGAUUGAAGGAGUGUUCAACAAGAGAGAAUGUAACAAAAUCAUACCCAGUUCUAAAGACCCUCACAGAUGCACUGCAGGAUGUCAGGUCUGUCAGAAUUUAAUCAGGUGUUACUGUGGACUAUUGAUUAGAGACCAUCAUGGGAUAGAUUAUACUCGGACAGUCUCAGCUGCCAGCGGUAGUGAAGAUGAACAAUGGUCUGUUGAAAAGCACACAACGAAAAGCCCUACGGAUACCUUUGGCACGAUUAACUUCCAACAUGGAGAGCACAUCCACCACUCCAAGUAUAUUAGAACUUCUUAUGACACAAAGUUGGAUCACCUGUUACAUUUAAUGUUGAAAGAGUGGAAGAUGGAACUGCCAAAGCUGGUAAUCUCCGUCCAUGGUGGUAUCCAGAACUUCAAGAUGCCCUCAAAACUUAAAGAGAUCUUCAGCCAAGGUUUGGUCAAAGCUGCAGAGACAACAGGAGCAUGGAUAAUAACUGAAGGCAUUAAUACAGGUGUGUCCAAACAUGUUGGGGAUGCCCUGAAAGCCCACUCGUCGCAGUCCUUGAGAAAAAUCUGGACAGUUGGAAUCCCUCCUUGGGGUGUCAUUGAGAACCGGAAAGAUCUUAUUGGAAGAGAUGUAGUGUGCCUGUACCAGACUCUGGGAAACCCCCUCAGCAAGCUCACAACACUCAACUGCAUGCACUCCCACUUUAUCCUGUCUGAUGAUGGCACUGUGGGCAAGUAUGGCAAUGAGAUGAAGCUCAGGAGGAACUUGGAAAAGUACCUCUCUCUGCAGAAGAUACAUAGUUGCUCUGGACAAGGCGUGCCCGUGGUGGGGCUGGUGGUGGAAGGUGGCCCCAAUGUCAUCCUCUCAGUGUGGGAGACUGUGAAAGACAAAGACCCGGUGGUGGUGUGCGAAGGCACAGGCAGGGCAGCUGACCUCCUGGCCUUCACCCACAAACACUUAGCAGACGAAGGGACCCUCCGUCCUCAGGUGAAGGAGGAGAUCAUUUGCAUGAUGCAGAGCACCUUCAACUUUAGCCUUAAGCAGUCCAGGCACCUUUUCCAGAUCCUGAUGGAGUGCAUGGUGCACAGGGAUUCUAUUACUAUCUUUGAUGCUGAUUCUGAGGAGUCACAGGAUCUUGAUAUAGCAAUCCUAACAGCUCUGCUAAAGGGCACGAAUUUAUCAGCAUCAGAACAAUUGAAUCUGGCAAUGACUUGGGACAGAAUGGACAUUGCCAAGAAACAUAUCCUAAUUUAUGGACAACACUGGAAGCCUGGCUCUCUAGAACAAGCGAUGUUAGAUGCCUUGAUGAUGGAUCGAGUUGAUUUUGUGAAGCUCUUAAUAGAGUAUGGAGUGAACCUCCAUCGCUUUCUUACCAUCUCCCGACUGGAAGAGCUCUAUAAUACAAAACAAGGACCAACCAAUAUGCUCUUGCAUCAUCUUGUCCAAGAUGUAAAACAGCAUACCCUUCUCUCAGGCUACAGGAUAACGCUGAUUGACAUCGGACUGGUAAUAGAAUACCUUAUUGGUGGAGCAUAUCGCAGCAGCUACACUAGAAAAACUUUCAGAGCCCUCUACAACAACCUCUACAGAAAACAUAAGCAAGUGACCACUCUUGCUCAAAGCCUGUCCCAGCCUGCUCUUCACCGAAGACGCUGCUCAGGAAAUAGAAAGGAAUCUACAGAGAGUACCCUGCAUUCCCAGUUCAUUAGAACUGCCCAACCUUACAAAGUCAAGGAAAAGUCUGUAGCCCUUCAUAAAUCAAGGAAGAAGUCAAAAGAAGAACAAAAUAUAUCAGAUGACCCUGAUUCUACUGGCUUUAUUUAUCCUUAUAAUGACCUGCUAGUGUGGGCUGUGCUAAUGAAAAGGCAGAAGAUGGCCAUGUUCUUUUGGCAGCAUGGUGAGGAGGCCACAGUCAAGGCAGUGAUUGCUUGUAUCCUCUACCGAGCAAUGGCCCGGGAAGCCAAGGAGAGCAACAUGGUCGAUGAUGCUUCUGAAGAACUGAAAAAUUACUCAAAGCAGUUUGGCCAGCUUGCCCUGGAUGUGCUGGAGAAGGCAUUCAAACAGAAUGAAAGAAUGGCCAUGAAGCUGUUGACCUAUGAACUCAAGAACUGGAGCAAUUCCACCUGUUUGAAGCUGGCUGUUUCUGGAGGGUUGAGGCCCUUUGUUUCACAUACUUGUACCCAAAUGCUACUAACUGAUAUGUGGAUGGGGCGUCUGAAAAUGAGGAAAAACUCUUGGUUAAAGAUCAUCAUCAGUAUUCUUUUCCCACCUGCCAUUUUGACUUUGGAGUUUAAAAGCAAAGCGGAAAUGUCGCAUGUCCCACAGUCUCAGGACUUUACAUGGUAUAAUGGUGACCAGAACACCAGCACUCUCAAAGAAAAUUCUUGUCAGCAGGUGCAAAGAACUCCAGAAGCUCAGAGAGUUCAUGAACUUCAGAAAGACUGUGAUUUGGAAAGGGGACCUGAUGAGAAAACCGAUGAAAGUCAGCACUUUGAUUUAAAGAGUGGGCCCCAAACCCUUCCUUGGACCAGGAAAGUCUAUGAGUUCUACAGUGCUCCAAUUGUCAAGUUUUGGUUUUAUACGAUGGUGUACUUGGCAUUCCUUAUGCUGUUCACUUACACCGUGUUGGUGGAGAUGCAGCCCCAGCCCAGCGUGCAGGAGUGGCUUGUUAUUAUCUACAUCUUCACCAAUGCCAUUGAGAAAGUCAGGGAGGUCUGUAUUUCAGAACCUGGGAAGUUUACUCAAAAGGUGAAGGUAUGGAUUAGCGAGUACUGGAACUUGAUGGAAACGGUGGCUAUCAGCCUGUUUUUGGUGGGAUUUGGCUUUCGGUGGGGUGACCCACCUUUCUACACAGCGGGAAGACUGAUAUACUGCAUCAACAUCAUAUUCUGGUUCUCACGGCUCCUGGACUUCUUUGCUGUGAAUCAACAUGCAGGUCCCUAUGUGACCAUGAUUGCAAAAAUGACAGCAAACAUGUUCUACAUUGUGAUCAUCAUGGCCAUCGUCCUCCUGAGCUUUGGAGUGGCACGGAAAGCCAUCCUUUCACCAAAGGAGCCCCCAUCCUGGACCCUUGCCCGAGAUAUCGUAUUUGAGCCAUACUGGAUGAUAUAUGGAGAAGUCUAUGCUUCAGAUAUAGAUGUUUGUUCAAGCCAGCCGUCCUGCCCUCCUGGUUCUUUUCUUACUCCAUUCCUGCAAGCUGUCUACCUCUUCGUGCAAUAUAUCAUCAUGGUGAACCUGUUGAUAGCUUUCUUUAAUAACGUUUACAUAGAUCUGAAAUCCAUUUCGAAUAACCUGUGGAAAUACAAUCGCUAUCGUUACAUCAUGACCUACCAUGAAAAGCCUUGGCUGCCCCCACCUUUUAUCCUGCUGAGUCACAUUGGUCUCCUGCUUCGCCGUCUUUGCCAGCACCAAGCUCCAAAUGACCAAGAAGAGGGUGAUGUUGGAUUAAAACUCUACCUAAGUAAGGAGGAUCUGAAAAAGCUUCACGAUUUUGAAGAACAGUGUGUGGAAAAGUACUUCCACGAGAAGAUGGACAAUCUGAAUUGUAGUUUUGAGGAACAAAUCCGAGUGACAUCAGAAAGGGUUACCGAGAUGUAUUUCCAGCUGAAAGAAAUGAAUGAAAAGGUGUCUUUCAUAAAGGACUCCUUAUUGUCGUUGGACAGCCAGGUGGGACACCUGCAGGAUCUCUCUGCCCUGACAGUGGAUACCUUAAAAGUCCUUUCUGCUGUUGACACCUUACAAGAAGAUGAGGCUCUCCUGGCCAACAGAAAGCAUUCUACUUGUAGAAAACUUCCCCACAGCUGGAGCAAUGUCAUCUGUGCAGAGGUUCUGGGCAGCAUGCCACUCUCUGAGAAGAAGAAGUAUCAGUGUUAUAGCAUGCCCCCUUCUUUGCUGCGGAGCCUGGCCAGAGGCUGGUAUCCUCCACGAGGGCAGAAAGGGCCCUUGCUUGAGAUUACACAUCAAGAGGCUUCAAAUGUAAGAGAUGAGCAAGGAGAACAAGAAACACAAAAUCAUGUAGUUGCUUCUGGGGUGAUGCUGAACAGACAAGCACACUCAAAGUAUGGCCAAUAUCUCCUGGUCCCUUCUUAUCUAGAACAAGUUUCUUACCCUGCAAAAACUGACUUGCCUCUGUCCAGACCAUCUGUGGAAGCAGGUACAGAUGGGCUGACAACUAAACAUGUCAGCCAGACUGAGGUCCCUGUUCAUCUGAUGUGGCAGACCCCGGGUGUCUCAGCCCAGGGCCCCAUGGUGGAAACCAAGGAGCAGUGUGAGUCACUUGCUCAGAUACCAGCCAGACCAGACGAGGGGGAUCAAGUGCUCCCCACUUUGAUUUGCACACCUGGACCCACGAGAGUGGCCUCCCUCCCUUCCCAAGUCAUGAGCAUGCAACCUGGAGGUGGAUAUGUGAACUGGGCAUUUUCAGAAGGUGAUGAAACUGGUGUGUUUAGCACCAAGAAACACUGUCAAAUCAGCGUGGCCUCCUCUUGUAACCAUGACUCCAGACAGAGUGAACACGGCCAGAGGCAGAUCCGGGGCAGAUCCCUGUCUGAUAACUCGGCAAGACUGGCCCAGAGCAAUUGCUCAGAAGCACUUCCACGGCUCCAGCCAAACACAUCCUUUCGAAUCAGUCUGCUUCGGAAAGACAAGCCCUUCACUGGGAAUCAGAGCUCGAGAUUACACAAGGAGGAGAAGUUGAAGAUCCCUAAGAUUAAAAAUCUAUCAAAAUUCUCAGAAAUAGGACAGUCAAAAUGGAUCAAAACAAAAAUGCUAACCAAGGAUAGGAAACUGUCGAAGAAGAAGAAGAAAACGCAAGGACUACAGGUGCCAGUCAUAACAGUCAACACCUGCUCUCAAAGUGACCAAUUGAACCCAGAGCCUGGAGAUAAUAAGAUCUCAGGAGCACAGAAGGGCAGCAAGAACUGGAUUCCAGUGUCCAAAUUUAAUCAGAUAAGUCUAGAAUCUUACAUAUAUCAGAAAAUGAAAACUAAAGAAGCUGAACGACAUCCUAUACAAGUCAGUGAUUAUGGAAGGCAGUCUCAAGAGGAUCUUACCAAAAGCUCUUUGUGGGAUUCCAGGAGCACCACAGUCAAUAGGAAGUCUCAGUUGAGAAGUUCAAAUGGAGUUAACAAAAUCUCAGACUCCUUAAAAAGCCCUCCAGAGCCUCACCAUCAUUAUUCAGCCAUUGAAAGGAACAAUUUAAUGAGGCUUUCUCAGACCAUACCAUUUACACCAAUCCAACUGUUUGCAGGAGAAGAAGUAACAGUCUACAGGCUGGAGGAGAGUUCCCCCUUGAAUCUGGAUAAAAGCAUGUCUUCUUGGUCCCAGCGGGGGAGAUCUGCUAUGAUCCAGGUGUUGUCCCAAGAGGAGAUGGAUGGUGGCCUUCGCAAAGCCAUGAGAGUCAUUAGCACCUGGUCUGAGGAUGACAUCCUCAAGCCAGGGCAGGUUUUCAUUGUGAAGUCCUUUCUUCCUGAGGUUGUGCAGACAUGGCACGAAAUCUUCCAGGAGAGUACUGUGCUUCAUCUUUGCCUUAGGGAAAUUCAACAACAAAGAGCUGCUCAAAAACUGAUCUAUACCUUCAACCAAGUAAAACCACAAACCAUUCCUUACACUCCAAGGUUCCUGGAAGUUUUCUUAAUUUACUGCCAUUCAGCCCAGCAGUGGUUGACCAUUGAGAAGUAUAUGACGGGGGAGUUCCGGAAGUACAAUAACAACAACGGUGAUGAAAUUGCCCCCAACAACACCUUGGAGGAGCUGAUGUUGGCUUUCUCUCACUGGACCUAUGAGUAUACUCGGGGAGAGCUGCUGGUUUUAGAUUUGCAAGGUGUUGGAGAAAAUUUGACAGAUCCAUCUGUAAUAAAACCUGAAGACAAACAAUCAAGAGGAAUGGUGUUUGGACCAGCCAAUUUAGGGGAAGAUGCAAUUAGAAACUUCAUUGCAAAACAUCGUUGCAACUCCUGCUGCCGGAAGCUCAAACUCCCGGACUUAAAAAGAAAUGACUACUCUCCUGGAAGGAUAAAUUCUGCCUUUGGACCUGAAAUCAAAAUAGAACCAGCUGAGGAGAUUCCAGAGGGGGAAGAGGGUAGUAAUUCUCCAGAAGACCUCACACGAUUGUAAAAAAAAACAAACAAAAAACCAAAAAACAGAAAACAAAAAAACAGAAGUAAGAAGAUGACAGCCUUUGCCCUGCCUUCCAUGAACUCUAUGGUAACAUAGAUUGGUGAUAUAACAUUGAUGAUGUCAGAGCCUCUGCCAGAAUGGCCUUAUCCCAAGGGCCUUCUGGGACGUGCCUUCUGAGUCUCAGGUCUCUCUUGCCCAAGGACUUCCCUGUUGUUUGAUGAAUGGGUUUUCCUAGAUAUUGACCCUUGUGCAGGGUGCUUUGCAUGUGCAGGGUUCAUCACGCUCAAGUGGCACAGGAAGACAUUUGCAUGAAUCAGCUGGGAAAGCUGCUCCUUCAUACCUCAUUCCUUGGUGCAGAAUGCUGGGCACUUAAAGAACCAGGCAGAUUAAUUUAUUUUCUCACUCUGUGUGCAGACUCUAACCUCCACUGCUAUUCAUCACCUAACUCCCAUAUUGUAUUGAUGUAUAUAGUUGUACAUAAAAAAGUCACUUGACUUCCUUCUCUCUCCUUUCCAGCAACAUAGGGCUUUAUAUGGUGGCAGAAAGGAAAACAAUGGAGAGAAGGUGUAUUUGCACAGACUGGAGGAUGCUCCUGCACAAACUAGUCAGCGAAAAGUAGCAUCCUAGUGACAUCUACUGGGUUUGAGUAUCAUCAGUGGAUCAUAUGAUCACUGGGCAUUUCAGGUUUCUCUAGAAGAGAGGAAAGGGAAAUCGAAGACAAACGCCCUACCAUUUUCUGUUUUAAAGAGAACAAGGAUAUAUAAAACUAGCAAUUAUUAAGAAAUGUUUUCCCUUCCCUUAAGCUCAGGGACACUAUUGGUUAGAGAGUUGAGGAAGCCAACCUCUUAAGAAUUACUCCCUUUUUCAAAGCUGGGUAUGUAAUAUUACAAGCUGAAUUACUCUAUGUCAGGUCAUAUAAGUAAAGACAGGGUUUCUGAAUGAAAACAUGCUUUGAAAAUUUUGCAGUGCAGAGUUCUAGUGGCUUCAAGAGUUGCUGGAGUGUAUAGUUUAAGUAUGGCCUGAGCGCAUGUGAUCAGUUUCAGAAACCUGAAGAAAGGGUCCCUGGAAGCCACACUGUACAACAUGUUUGGGGGAUCAGUCAUCCCUCUUUCACACUUAUCAAGGGUCACCCUACCUCAGAACAAGCGCAAACUGUUCACCCAAGGAGGACUUGAAGGGCUGGGUACCUUCCCCCCAACUCCCCUCAUCUCCUUGCCUCAUUAAAAAGCAUUCCAAUCUAUCAGCAGCAAGCCUCCUGGGGCUUGAAAUUUUCACCUUAUCUUUACCAUUAGCCCUUGCAUUAGCUGGCUUCCUUUCAAAUCAGUGCUCCUGUAUUCUUAGGUUAUUCUCUGGGGAAAUGUUGUCCAAAGGUAGGGGGAUGGAAAGCCAAGGAUUUGGUUUGCCAAGGAUAGUGUAUGAUUUUUGUGAGAUGCAUGAUGACUGAUUUACAGCCCUUUUUCUUUGGUCUUGGGGUGGUGGGAGGUGGGAAAUCUGGGUGAUUUCUUGAUUGGCAAUGAGGAUAAAUUGUUAAUGCUUUUUCGGAGCUUAACUGCUUUAUCCUGUUCUGCAAAUCAGUAAGAGAUCUGUUGGUACUUCAGACCAUGUUGAACUAUGGAAAGAGGCAAUUUUCCUAUCCAAGGCCACACUAGAAAGCAUUAAUUCAUUGGUCAAAUAUUUGUUACCUGGAAUGGAACUUGAAAAAAUACAUUUUGAUUUUUCUUUU